UUCAAUCAAACGUUUCGUUUUGAAAUUUUUGUAGUUUGUAGUGCAGCUAGUGGUGUCGAGGAGGGCCCAGGGGCGCAAUAAUAUAUUGGUUUGCCGGGCUAGUGUCGACGCUUUGAUCAUGCCAACAAGCACCAAGAACGAUGAAGUGCGGUAGCAUCUCGGACGCAGAGGAAGCUGGGAGGAGAAUAGCGCGGUGUGGAGAGUCCAGCCAAUAAAAUUGACAAUUAAAAAUUCUUGAAAAAAGGGGAAAGCUUCAGUACCGUCAGUAUUGGGACAAUAGAAUCUAGCAGCAAUGACGACAGGAGUUGGCCUAUGGCUGCUGGACAGCGAGGGCAGAGUGUUCCGAUUUCUUGGAGCGCUACAGGACACCAGCGACGAAGUAGCGGAGCCAGAGGAGCAGUGGAAGCUUGUCAAGGGGCGUUUGAAACGCAUCAGCGCCACACGUGAUUGUGCGUGGGGCUUGGACGUGGACGAUCGCCCCGUAGUGUACGUGCACUCGACAUACGUACCGAUACGUGUGGAGGUGGACGUGUACGAAACGGAGACCAGAGGCCUGUUGGGGCGCAGUGGCAGUGGUCACCCAGCCUGGACGAAUAGCGAUGGAACAGAGCAACGGGCGCACCCGCAAAACAUUGAACUGCCGUCCGUGAAUUGGGAAUGGGAGCGAGCGUGGGGUGUGGACCAUGAUCACACGGAGACCGACUCGAACGGGUGGUAUAGCCCGCACAAGGGUGUCCGUCAGCGACGGUGGAUUAGACACCGAGCCUACACUAUGAGUGAUCGCUUCGCCCCGGUACCUGGUAUUGAUCCGGAGAAUCAUAGAUACGAUCCGUUCAGGGACAUCUCUGUCGGUGGUACGGAGCUGCCGGGUCGAGAGAAUGGAGCUCUGUGUGUCUGGGCUGUGACCUUGCGGGAUACAGUUGUGUUUCGAGAAGGAGUCACCCGCACAACACCGGAAGGUGUUAGCUGGUUGAAGGUGCCCACAGCUCAGAAGGCCAUCAAUCAGAUCUCUGUUGGACCGUCUGGCUCAGUGUGGGCUACAACGUAUGAUGGGUCAGCUUUCGUACGCGUCGGAGCAUCCAGAGAAAGACCUUCAGGUAUUCGGUGGGUGCAUGUUCCCUCACCAGGCAUGUACUUCUUGACCCACAUUGCUGUUGGUCUCAACGUGGUCUGGGCAACCAGCACUGGACACAAGGUUUGGUUCCGCAAAGGUAUUGUCUCAGCUGCCAAUGAUUCUGUCAAGUCUUCAAUGGAAGGUUCGGAGUGGGUAGAGAUGGUUGGUGAAAGCGAGUUUCUCUCUGUCGGACCAGACGAUCAGGUGUACAUGCUGGGAGCUGGAGGAUGGCCGGUGCAGUGUCGUAGUGGUGUGCGUCGUGAAGAGCUCGGUGGUCUUACCUGGGUGGAACUCCAUGGUAAUUUGGGACGGCAGGCGUACAUCGAGGAGAAGAAUCGCUUGCAGAAGGAGCACAAGCUUUCUGGAUCCUCUGCCUUGGAGAUGGACACAGCUGGUGCAGCCAUGAUUAGGAGUCAAAUUCUGCGUUCCAAGCAGUCGUUCCGUCGCUCCACAAGGUCCGAAGGCACUCGCAACCCAACACCUGUGUCACUGAAUCCCCCCUCACCAUCCCUGAGUAUGAGUGCUAUCAGCCUUGGACGAUCAUCACCCAUCAUGGGUACUGUAGCGGAAGAUCGACCAAUGCAAGUACAAGCUGAAGCAGAUAAAGCUGCGGGAGUGGUCAAGCGUCGUGACCGAGCAUCGGUGGUCCGUGACAGCGCGCAGCAGACGGGUAUGGGCGGUAGAGAGCGCACUAGCUCUAUGCCCACCAUUGCUAGCACGCUGUUCGACCAGGAAGAACAGAUCGCCGAUCAGCUCUCGGCUAUGCCACCUGGCCGCAGCCGCAGCUUUGGCUUCAGUCCUGGCAUGAUCGCAAAGGCCGAGGCACACCGGAAAAGCACACACGAGAACGCCUCGCCGGAGUUUGUGCGCACCAGCAAAGGUCACCGAGCGUGCGCGGUGUACUCUGACGACCCAACCAGUACAGAGUCGCACGUGGCGCGUCUUCAAGCGCUGGCGUCCGAAAGUGAGUCCAUAGACGGUGGUAGUGAGCAUCCCACAGCAGCAGCAGCAGGAACAUCAGCGGCAACAUCCACCACUGGAGGUGAUACGCUCAAGACUACAGUACCCAACAUAUGCAGUCCCGACAUGAGCGACUUUGUCAAGGUUUCCUUUGCCACACAGGAGCCCUACAACACCAAGGCACAGCCCACACCCUCCGAUAGCAUACCGUGUCGAAAACACACCCUACCAAGACCUGCCGAGGAUUCCGGAGCCACAAUCGAGAGACGACUAAGUCGAGACAGUCCUCUUUUGAACGUGCCGACUGCAUCUUCUUCAUGUACAACCACCGAUUCCGGUAUCUCCGUUAACCUGACGGCACAGGAAGGAGAGACCGACUGUCAGCAGGACACGGCCACUGUCAGUAGCAACACAUCCGAUGAGCAUUCAGUCAGUGCUCCUGAUGCUACUACUACUGCUACUGCUACUGCUACUGCUGCUGCUGAUGGUGCUGGUGAUGCUGCUGUUGCUGCUGCUGCUGCUACCAACACACAUAGUGAAGGUGUCACAGGGAUGUCUAGGGAGAGCAAGGAGACGGACGGUACUGCAGUAGUGUCAGCGCCUGAUACAGACACGAAACUGGUUGAUGAUGAAGGAUCCCAAAGCAGUGCUAGUAAAGCAGAAGCACCCGAAAGCAAUGCCGAUGAAGAAGAAGUACCUCACAGCUUCAACCCUAGCUUGGACACUGCAGGGCCUGUAGCAGAAGGAGUAGACGAAACAGACGGCACUCUCAUACCAUCUAGUGAUAUGGCCACUGAAAACAACGAUGGCAGCGAUGGUGAGAAUGUUAUCCUGUCCAAAACUAGAUAUGACCCUAACAUUGCCAUCGGCCUGGAAGAGAGAAUCGACAGAGUGGCGUCACGGUGCGGAAGCAGAGAAGAGGACGUCUUCGCCGACAGUAAUUCAGACAAGGGCAUUGCAUCAGGCUUUGAGAGUGGAGCUGCAUCUAGUACUGCAGCAACUGCUCAUGAUCUCAGGACACAUCAUGUACUUAAUACGGAACCAAGAGACAGUGAGCAAUCUCCCGCCAUGAAUGUCACACAGCAGUCACCAGUAGCAGCCGAAACUCCAGCUGAACCAUCAAAAGAAGCAGCAUCAGCAGCAGAGCCGUCCACAUCAUCAGCGGCAGAAACUGCAGUGGCAGAAGCUGCAGCUCUGGCAUUGGCAGAGGCAAGCACAGCUACGGCAGAGUCCAAGGUAGUGACAUCAGCCUCAAACCAAGAACAACCCUCAGCAGUAGCAGAAGGAGCAGGAGCAGCAUCAGCGUCAUCCACACCAUCAGCGGCAGAAGCAACAGUAGCAGAAGGAGCAGGAUCACCAGCGGCAGCGGAAGGAGCAGCAGCAGCUUUGAACCCAUUGGUAGAAGUUACAAGUUCCCCAGCACCCAUGGAGGUCACAGCAACAUCGUCCACCGAAGAGCCGUCAGAAGAUGAACUAGGUCCCAUCUCCAGAGUGCUUAGUCACAGCUUUCGUCCAGAGCACCCAGUCAUGAGUGUGCACUGCUGGAAAUGGAUAUCAGCUGGUGGAUGUGUACCACCGCAUGAUGAUGUCACUAAACCAGGUGCUUUCCUAGGGUCUGGGUUGACGGCUGCAGUAACUCUAUGCCGCCGUGCUCGCACCACUAAGCGACGAGAGUCCGUACUGCGCAAGACCGGCUGGCGGCAGAACAUCCUGCGGCAGCUGCGCGAGCGUAACGAGCGUGAAGUGGCGGCCUUCAAAGACAGCAUGGACUGUGGCGAUAGUGGUGUCUGGUCGAAGAAGGGUCCGCUGACGUGGUGUCCGGUGAACGCGUCCUCUCAUCCGCCGUACAACUUCACUUCAGUAUCAGCUGUUCUGAACCGGGGAUCCAGGCAUGGUGGACAGUUGGAGUUGAUGAACAUGGCGGCUAACACGGUGGAGCGUAUCAACUUGGGUGAUGUAAGCUGUGUAAUGCCUAUCCCAUCGGAUGAUGUUGGUCAGCCAUACUGCUUUGUAGUACACACACCACAACACACGGAAUACAACCGAUUUAUUCUGCUGUGCUGUGCGGACGAACGAGAUCGAGACGAUUGGUACACAGCCAUUAGUCUUGCUGCUAUCCGUUCCCAAGCCCUGGACGGUCCUCCAGCUCCAAAUGCACUAUGGGCACUGACACAGUCUGGUGAAGUCUAUAUCAGCGAUCCACCUAAGAAUCCUGGACUGCCACAUGAGAGGCGGUGGAGAGCUAUUGGCGGUAACUUACGCAGUAUCUCAGCCGGAGCUGCUGGCGUCGUGUGGGGUAUCGGCUUUGAUGGAACACCACUGGCCUACAAUGGAGGAUUUGGCGGUGGAAUAUUUGUGCAAAGUGUGGAUGCCACCAGUUCUAACCUACAGGAACACACCGACUGUCGCUGGUAUCAACUUACCGAGAUUCAGCAAACAAAGGGUGUCAGCUGGAACAACAGUGUUUACGAGGAUGAUCUUGGUCGCACAUCCGACAAAAAGCAAGGACUGCUGCCUUCCAAGGCAUGGAAAUGGACAUCUGAAUGGUCGAUUGACUUUGAGAACGCUGACCAGGAUGGCUGGCAAAGGCUACCUAAGAGCAAGCUGUCCAGGAAGGGUCCACGCCGGCGGAGCAGAAAGUGGAAAAGGAGAAUGACUAUCAUAACGCCUGGCCCCUGGAUGGAGAUCUUGCCCUGUCCAAACUGCUUAGCCAGUGUGUCCGUGCAGACCUGGCCACAGCAACCCAUCGGUGCCCAUGACAACGUAGCCGUCUGGGCCAUGGACGUGCACGGGGACGUGAUCUGCCGCUACGGCGUUACCGCUUCUCAACCACAGGGCGAGGAAUGGCGCUGGGUAUCCAGCAACACAAAGUUCAUCAGCAUAGCCGUGGGCUCGGAUCGCGCCGUGUGGGGUAUCAGUGAUGCUGGCUGGUCCUGUAUUCGUCUUGGCAUCACGGACAUCAAGCAAUCUGGCACGUCUUGGAAGAGAAUAGGUGUUCCGGCUCCUGACCGAACUCUCACUGAAGUGACGGUGGGAUCACAUCGUGUCUGGGUGCGAGACAACAGAGGAGACUUGUGGUUCCGUCAGGGUGUAACAGCACAGCGUCCGGAGGGUGAUGCAUGGAUCCAAGUACCGGGAAGUGUGGAGAAGUUGACAGUGUCUGCAAACAACCAACUGUGGACAGUACAGAAGGGUGCUAUUUGCCGUCUAAGCGAUGUCACACCGCAGCAGCCGAUGGGGUCCAAGUCAUGGAAACUCGCUCUCCAGCCAUGCUGGUACAGUAUCAGUGCAGGUGCUACCGACGUCUCCAAUUCCAUGACACGUUCCAAGACGAUCGGCAGCCAACACGACUGUAGCAUGAUUGAACUGCGGUUUGAAGAUCUCAAAGCUGGAUUCCCACUACUUGUCAAGGGUAACAACAUGUUCUGGUGCGCAGCCGUAUUUAUACAACUGGAUCUGGACACCGACAAGAUACAAGUUCAGAUGAUACACGAGGGUCGUGCCGUACGCUGGUGCACGCGUCAGAACGUCACGUUGGACAUACCGCCGCCGGAGCACAGUCUCGCUGUCAGCAUGAAGGUCCUGUACAAGUACAACUAUGUCGGAGACAGCUAUUACAAGCUUGGAGAUUUGGAAAGUGUCAACCACUUGGACAACAGCUACAAGAUUUUCUCUGCCGUACGCAACGUGGCAAGGACGAAAGAGGAUCUCCGCUUACCGCCUGAGGCUUUGGCUGACGCCCAACGCCGCAGUACGAUGAACGCCAAGGAGAAACAGCGGGUCGGCGAGGCUGCGCACAAAGCCGCCGGCAAGUACAAGAAGAAAAUUGACUCAGUGCGUCGUAGGAAGGCAGCCAACAUCUCUGAGGAAGGCCACACAGGAACAGUGGCCAUGUUCAACAAGCUGAGCGGUAGAGAUUCAGACCCAGGCAAGGGUGAUCCUGCAUGAUACUUAGAAUGCUCCUGGUAUAUAUAUCUCCAACUACACUACGCACAUGUACUCACAUGUACUCACAUGAACCUCUCUCUAUACAGAACUCCACAUUCAUGGGUAGAAAUCCUCCGGCUUCCUUUACACAUGUUGCAUUAUGGCCGUAUAUUUUUGCUAUGCUCAUUGCUUUCAGUUCUGCAAUAUUUUUUGGCUGUGCUAACGCUGAUUGUACAUAGCUUUUCCAGCGUGAUCAGUUCUUUUCAUGAUGUUGUGACCGUCACUCCAGGUCUGUGUUUUAUUUGUUGAAUUUUAUUAUCUAUUUACUCUUCGUGCUGUUGACGUUUCUGCUGCACUGCGUGGCUUUCACGUUAUCCCUCCUGGGAGAUGCUUUAUCUAGCAAAGUACUCAUCAUUUCAAUAACCUUGCUAUUCUAUUUUUAAAGGCGUCACCUUCUAUCCGAUUUCAUGCGAGCGUGAUGCGAGUGGCCGCUAAUGCCUGCAUUCUCACGUCAGGAGUGUCAAAGGCAGUGAUCUGCCGUCUCUUGCCGCUCUGUCACUUUCUACUUUAUCCCCAAUCUUUAGAGAUAUACUUGAGUAUGCUCUCACAGCAACUAGUUUUGUUUGCCUUGUUCUUCUAGGCAUUUCAACGCAGCUGAAAAUCUCUUCCUCUGCAAUGAAGAGAGCGUUGUGCCACUUUGUUGUUUGCUCAGUAAAGUGCUCUUCACCAGUCAAAAAUUCUGCUUUUGCAUUUUUCAUGAAGAUGAAAGCUCAUCAGCCUAAGUGCUUUCAUCAAUCUCCUCUA